GCCCCGGCUCAACAAAGGGCCAGUCAGACUUUACAGGCGUGGAAUUUCUGGGAAGUGGAGGAUUGAGUGUUAAAGGACCGUGGCUUGCAGUGUAAAUGUUGUAGCUGAAGUUAAACGCUGCCUUUCACUGAAUACCUGCACAGCUAUCCCCGUGAAGCUGUUGACCAUGGCGAUGACAAGCCAGAUGUCCUGCUCCUCGAUGAGCAACCACACUAAGGAAAGGGUGACCAUGGCCAAAGUAACACUGGAGAAUUUUUAUAGCAACCUGAUAUCACAGCAUGAGGAAAGGGAAAUGAGACAGCAGAAGCUGGAGAAGGUCAUGGAUCAAGAGGGCCUAGGUGAUGAAGAGAAGCGUAUCCGGCGGUCUCAGCAUGCUAGGAAAGAGACUGAAUUUCUUCGUCUCAAACGAACACGGCUUGGAUUAGAGGACUUUGAGUCACUCAAAGUGAUUGGCCGAGGAGCUUUCGGAGAGGUGCGGCUUGUUCAGAAGAAGGACACAGGACACAUUUAUGCCAUGAAAAUCUUGCGUAAGUCUGAUAUGCUUGAGAAAGAACAGGUUGGCCAUAUUCGAGCAGAAAGGGACAUCCUUGUAGAGGCAGACAGUUUGUGGGUGGUGAAGAUGUUCUACAGCUUUCAGGAUAAGAUGAACCUCUACCUCAUCAUGGAGUUUCUGCCUGGAGGUGAUAUGAUGACUCUACUGAUGAAGAAAGACACCUUAACGGAGGAGGCCACACAGUUUUAUAUUGCUGAGACUGUGCUGGCUAUUGACUCCAUUCACCAGCUGGGCUUCAUCCACAGAGACAUCAAACCAGACAAUCUCCUGCUGGACUCAAGAGGCCACGUGAAGUUGUCUGAUUUCGGCCUAUGCACUGGUCUGAAGAAAGCUCACCGCACAGAGUUCUACAGAAACUUUAAUCACAGCCUUCCUAGUGACUUCACGUUCCAGAACAUGAACUCAAAGAGGAAAGCAGAAACAUGGAAGCGAAACAGGAGACAGUUGGCCUUCUCCACUGUUGGAACCCCUGACUACAUCGCUCCAGAAGUGUUCAUGCAAAAUGGGUAUAACAAGCUCUGUGAUUGGUGGAGUUUGGGCGUCAUUAUGUAUGAAAUGCUGAUAGGUUACCCUCCAUUUUGCUCUGAGUUGCCUCAGGAAACUUACAGGAAGGUGAUGAACUGGCGGGAAACUUUGACCUUUCCACCUGAGGUCCCAAUUUCAGAAAAGGCCAAGGAUCUGAUUCUCAGGUUCUGUUGUGAGAGCGAGCACAGGAUUGGAGCUGUUGGAGUGGAGGAGAUCAAGACUAACCCUUUCUUUGAGGGAGUGGACUAUGACCAUAUCAGGGAGAGACCGGCAGCUAUUCCAAUUGAGAUCAAAAGCAUUGACGACACUUCCAACUUUGACGAGUUUCCUGAUUCAGAUAUCCUCCAGCCUUCAGGUGUGUUUUCAGCCCCUCCUGUGUCCAACCACACUGAAGCUGAUCUGAAGAGUAAAGACUGGGUGUUCAUCAACUACACCUACAAGCGCUUUGAGGGGCUGACUGCACGAGGAGGCAUCCCAACGUACAUGAAAACUGGGAAGAGAUAGGCUUCAACAGGACUCGAUAACUUGCUGCAUUCUUGGAGUGGUUGUUUUCCAUUCAGAGACGUUCUCCAUCACUCCGCCUCGCAUCUGAAGGAUCCUGCAUCAUCCAUUUCCUAUUUUGACUCACUCAACCAUGAUUCAUGGAUGUGGACUCCACCCGCACUCAAGAAAUGUUCAGAGUCUUAUCUAAGGGCUUAUUUUCCUUGAACACCCUGACUGUGCUCGUUUUUCCAUCCCUGAGCUUUUCCUUUUUUCAUUCUUAAGGAUAUAAGAUUUGAGGCAAUCAUCUUUUAGGUUGCCAGAUUUUGUACAUUUUGGAAUUGAGAUAUUUUAGUACACUGACACUGGCAAAAAGGGCUUGAACGGAAGCUGGUUAGACCUUCUCCAACCAUAAAUGAUUUUAAGUGAUUUAGCGUUUGUGGUAGAAGCCCUGUCUCAGCCUUUUUCAUGUCCACAUCUGCUGUACACAUCUUAAAGACUGAAAACGUCCCUUUUAUUAAAUAAGAUGGAUGUUUUGAAAAUCCAUACUUCUAAAGACUUCACUUUUCUCCUCUGUUUUCGAAAAUUCUUUCUUGUUACGCUCACCAUCCAAGAUCUCAGUGACAAUGGCAAAACACGGGGCUUCAUAGUCAGUCUGAUCUGAAUGUGAUUCCCACAAACCCCCAGAGCUGCAGAUGUUGCCUUACAUUUGGAUCCUCCUUAUACCAGCAGAAACAUCAUGAAAGCAUUUGCCAGUCAAACCAAAUUGUUCAUCAACAUACCAUGAAAUUUCACCAGCUGAUGUCAAAGACCAAGCAAACUCUACAGACCAGCGUUUUUUAUUAUUAUUUAAUGGGUAGUUUCAGCAACCGACUGAUUUAGAAUUUGUUUGGUGCUGAUGCUGUUCUUUUUUAAAAUCUUUUUAUUUUUGCUUUAAUAAAGGGGCUCGUUGCUGAUGUUCGGGGAACAAAGCCACAUUUUUAUUUUAUUUUUUAAUCUUUUUUUUUUUUUGCAUCUUGAGGACAAUAACAACACUAUUCAGGGAUUUGAAUUUGAUCGAGUCUUCCAUAUUAAUAUGGGGAUGUAAUGUUCAAUGCAAUUUUUUUAUAUUACCAAAGAGGCGCCACUUUUCAUCGGCUUUAUGGGCUUGAUUCAUGUGGAUGCUUUGGCUUUUAUACAGCAUUAAUUAGCAAGCUUAUGUCUUAAGCUGUUAAUAUAUAAACUUGUAGCAAAACUUUCAUUCCAAUAUGGUUCCAAUCAGUCUGCUUUAUUGGAAGCUGCUUUUUUCAGCAUGUUGCUUGUGAUGGCUGACUUUGUAAAAAAGAUUCCAGACAUUGAAUGACUAAGUCAUAUUUCUACAAUCAGGACCCAUAUGUCUUCUUUCUGUGACCAAAUUGAAUGUAUCUUGAAGAUUAAAAGAGGCUUCUAGAAAUUGCAUUCAUAUAGGAUUGGCUGGCCAGGAAUGAUGAGAUUCUCCUAAAUGCUUGAGUGAAUGAUUUGGUUACUAGGUUUUAUGCUACACAGCAUGACAAAGGUUUCGUAUGUGGAAUUGCUUGUUAGAUGUCGAGCUGAGCAGCUGUUUUACACAGUUUACUGCUAGAGAAAUAUUAUCUCAAAUAACAUAUUACUGUAUCCCAGAAUGCUACAAAUGAUAUGGAACGUAGAUUGUGAAAUCGUUAUUGAAUGGUGCAUUUUUCUAUUCUUAGAGCAAUAUGUGACCAACUUAGGUCUGGAUUUGUAUUAUUAUUGUUAUUUUUUAAUAUAUAAUAGUCAUGGCUGGAGAUUUCCAUGCUGUCUGAGAGUCGGCCUGAUGCAUGUUUUUGUGUGCUGGACAAGUCAAAGAGCUUUGAAUGAGAUGGAGAAUUUAUAUUUUGAUUUUCUUUGCGCUGCUUUGUUUCAUUUAUUCAAGUGUCAUUGAAUGGGAAUAUGUGAGGGUGAUUUCAUGGUUAUCGCUUAUGAAUGAUAGCUUGAUGGAAUUAUACACUGUCUCUACAAGAAGCAGAUCACAGGCUGAGCUGCUUUGUGUCUUUUGUUGCUGUAUCUCACAUGCUGAAAACGAUCAUGAAACAAGCGUGUCAAUGAGAGUGUCUGUUUUAAAAUUUGCUUGCAUCAUUGUCCUAAAGUGAGGACUUUAUUUGAAUGAGGAAAAAGGACUUCUUUUUUUCUUGAAGAUUAACAAUGCACCUUUUGCUAGUUGUAAUGUCAUGUAUAUUUAAAAUACACACACGCACACACUUUUCAAGAUGUUAAAUUCACACUGAAUGACUGUUCUGUUGUUUGCCUGUGAGAGUUUGUAAUUCUUUCUGCAGCUUUUUUCACCUAACCAGAUGUAGACUAGUUUUAAGAUUUUUGGGGUCUAUAUUUGCUUGCCUAAAAGAAAGAAUUACACCAAUGUGUAUAAAGGGGUUUAUUCACACUGGCACUAAUGCUCACAAACUAUCCGUGUGGGAGAUCUCAGAUUUUUUGCUGAUAAUCCAGAUCUCAAACGCAGUACUGAUGGAGGAACAGCAUUCCUGCUUCUGAAUGGUUUUGAACACGGCUCCAUUUUUCCCUGAUGUCACAUUCUGCUGUGGGAGGUGGACGUUUGUCCUCUCUCUGCCUUAAGUUUGAGUUGUAGAGAUUUUUCCUGUGCUGACAGAGCACCUUUCACUGGUUUAUUUGUCUGAUAGAGAGUUUGUUUUUGAGUGGGCACACUUUGACCUGUUAAACGUCCUCAAUAAAUUACCAGUUCAUUUAA